AUGUCCGGCCUGGACGCGCCCGACAUCGCCGCCGCCUACGCCGCCGUGCGCAGCGACAAGGACGCCACCAACUGGCUGCUCAUCUCCUACCCCUCCGCCGUCGGCAACCAGCUCACCCUCACCGCCACCGGCACCGGCGGCCUGGCCGAGCUUGCCCAGUCCCUCGACGCCGCCGAGGUGCAGUACGGGUACGUGCGCGUCGAGUACGCCAACGACGCGGAGAGCACGCGGGUCAAGUUCGUGCUGGUGGUGUGGAUCGGCGAGGGCGCGCGCGUGAUGCGGCGCGCGCGUGUGAGCGUCGAGAGCGGCGACGUCAAGCGCGUGCUGGCGCACCACAGCGUGGCGGUCACGGCGAGCGACGUGGGCGAGCUGGGGGAGGGGGAGAUGGUGGCGAGGCUGCGCAGGGCGGGCGGCGCGGACUACAACGGAGGGAGGGGGUAG